AUGAAUUUAUUAAUUUUAAAACUGUUGACAAAGGAAUUUAUAGCUUUAUUUGUAACAAUAUUAAUCUUGCUUUAUUUGUGGUUUAAAUAUCAGUAUUUGUAUUGGAUUAAAAAGGGUGUUUUUGCACCCCAACCAGUGGUACCUUUUGGUAACGUGAGGAAUGUGAUUACACGGAAGACGCAGUUUUUCCAACCUUACUGUGAUAAUUAUUUCAAAUAUAAACAUUUGCCGUAUAUCGGCAUGUAUUUCUUUCAUCGGCCGGUGUUGAGUAUACAUGAUCCAGAUAUAAUAAAACAUAUACUGAUUAAGGACUUCGAUCAUUUUCAAUCGCAUGGUAUAUUUUCUGGAGGCGUUGGUGACCCACUAGCGGGGCAUUUGUUCAACCAGCAUGGGGACACUUGGAAACGUUUACGAUUGAAGGUGUCGCCUUCCUUUUCUAACAACAAGUUUAAAACCAUGUACCCGUUAGUGGAGAAAAUAGCAGAUGAAGCUUUAGCUUACGCAGACCUAUUGCAUUCUAACGGCGAAGCGAUAAAUUUUUCAAAGUUCUACGAAAAGUAUACGAUGGAGAUUAUAGGUAGUGUUGGGUUUGGAGUUGAAUGCAACAGUUUCAAAAAUGAGAAAUCCGAGUUCUGUGUUCGUGGACAGGAAUAUUUCGAUCCGCAGUCAUUGUAUUGGACAUUGACACGCGCAGUGGCUUUUAUUGCACCGGAUUUAUUCAACAAAUUAAAAAUAAGACGCAUUAAUCCAGAAAUCAUCGAUUUCUUCUACAAUUUGGUUAAACAAACUGUUAAUUAUCGUCGGAACAACAAUUACAAGCGAAACGAUUUCCUCCAGACGCUUAUUGAAUUAAAAAACGACGACUCUAUCGAUAACGAAGGCAUGAGUAAAAUACAGAAAGGUAUAUUUUCAAUGAAUGACGUUGCUGCUAACACGAUGCUGUACAUGUUUGCUGGUUACGAGACCUCAGCGACCACUGGCCAGUUAGCGGCCUACGAGCUGGCCCUCAAUCCUCUCGUACAACAAAAGGCCAGGGAUGAGAUAAAAAGAGUACUGGCGAAAUAUGACGGAAAGUGCACUUUUGAAGCACAGAGUGAAAUGGUUUACAUGAACAUGGUCUUAGAUGAAACAAUGAGAAAGUAUCCUCCGAUGCGCGCGUUGUUUCGAAGGUGUACUAAGGAGUACACAAUGCCAAAUAGCGAUGUUGUCAUUGAAGAAGGAACACUAGUGUUCAUUCCCAUACAAGCUAUACAAAUGGAUCCAGACAUAUUCCCGGACCCAGAGACAUUCGAUCCUGAGAGAUUCGUACCUGAGAAAAAGGCUAAGAUGCAUUCAUGUCAUUGGAUGCCUUUCGGUGAAGGUCCGCGUAAGUGUUUAGGUCUCCGUCAAGGGUACGUCCAAUCGAAGCUUGCACUUGUGAAGCUGUUGCACAAGUAUGAGUUGUCGUUGGAUGACCGCUCUCCGGUGCCUAUGAAGAUCAAGGCCUCUUCGCUGGCGUGCUCCGCUGACGGCGGAGUGUGGAUCAAGCUUAACAAACUUGAGGUCUAG